UUUUGACGUCACAAGGAAUCCCUCGGUUUUUCUUCGACUUCUUUCCAAGACCCCUAUGCUACGUAAAUUUUGGACAUUUUUAACAUAAAAUACUAUCAUCGAAGCCGUCAAAUGUAGUGAUAUGGCUGGAGUGUUUGACUUAGAAUUACAUGAUACCCCAGAGGGUGAUGAGGAAAUUUCUGAUGACGAAUUUUUUGAGCCAGAACUUGAGGUAUCAGGGCGUGGUCAAAAUGUCAUGUGUGAAGAUGGGAUGGAGACAGUGGAAAUAACAGAGAACACAGUAAAUCCAGGGCAGUUAAAAGUUGGACCGCAAGACUUUGAGCUUCUCAAAGUUUUGGGCAAAGGAGGAUAUGGAAAGGUGUUCCAAGUACGAAAGAUCUCAGGUGCUGAUAAUGGCAAGAUAUUUGCCAUGAAAGUGUUGAAAAAGGCCACAAUUGCCAGAAAUGCCAAAGACACAGCUCACACAAAAGCAGAACGCAAUAUUCUGGAAUGUGUAAAGCAUCCCUUCAUUGUGGACCUGAUCUAUGCAUUCCAAACAGGGGGUAAGCUUUAUCUGAUCCUGGAGUACCUGCCGGGAGGGGAACUGUUUAUGCAGCUAGAGAGGGAGGGGAUCUUCAUGGAGGACACAGCCUGUUUCUACCUAGCAGAAAUCACACUAGCAAUAGAGCACUUACAUUCUCAAGGCAUUAUUUACCGAGAUCUGAAACCCGAAAACAUUCUUCUGGACAAUACAGGACAUGUAAAGCUGACAGAUUUUGGAUUAUGUAAGGAGUCUAUAAAUGAGGGAGGUUUAACUCACACAUUCUGUGGAACUAUAGAGUACAUGGCCCCUGAGAUCCUAACAAGGAGUGGCCACGGUAAGGCUGUGGAUUGGUGGAGUCUGGGUGCACUCAUGUAUGACAUGUUGACUGGAGCUCCCCCAUUCACUGCUGAAAACAGAAAGAAAACCAUUGAUAAGAUCUUGAAAGCCAAGCUUAGUCUCCCUCCCUAUCUCACGAAUGAAGCCAGAGGUCUCAUUAAAAGGUUGCUAAAGAAAAGUCCACAGGAGAGAUUAGGCGGAGCAGCUGAUGAUUCCAAGCCAAUCAAGCAACAUGCCUUCUUCCGACAUAUAGAUUGGAAUGAUCUUCACCAGCACAAAGUUGAGCCUCCAUUUAAACCUUGUGUGACCAGUGAGGAGGAUGUAAGUCAGUUUGACACCAAGUUUACCAGACAGACCCCUGUGGAUUCUCCCGAUGAUUCUGUGCUCAGUGAAAGUGCCAAUCAAGUAUUCCUAGGUUUUACAUACGUUGCUCCUUCAGUUCUAGAAGAACUAAACAAACCAUGGAUUUCUGAGAAAGAGCCCCGAUCUCCACGUAAAGUGGGAACAAGUUUUAAAGCUUCCAUGAGUCCCCAUCAAAUAAAUCUAGUGGAAGGGUUCAGGGUGGCUGGACAUGUUAAUGGAAUGGACGACGUAGAGGUCAUGGACACAACAACUACAACCAUCCCCAAAAGAUCCACCUCCCCAGCAAUCGCCACCAAGAAUACAGCCUACAAACAAGCUGCCUACCCCGGGAGCCAGAACCGCCCCCCUCACCUUAGGAUGAAUUGACUAGGGGCCUUUUUUAGGAAAAAAUUAGGAUUUAAUAAAUAAUUUUCUUUAUUUUAUUUUUUAAUUGCAGGUUUAUUGAAAACUGCUCUAGACUUACAGUGUAUAUUUAUUGAAACAGAAUGGCUUGUGAAGUCAGGAAUUUGGUUCUCAAGCUUCGUCAUUGAUGCUAAAAUGUACCAAUUUUUUUUUCAUAGUGUGUUUUUGUUAUAAUAAUAUUUUUAAGAUGCUUGAUUAGUUACCUAGAAAUGUAAAAUUUGUAAAUUAUCAAAUUUUCCUUGUGUUGUUUUUGUUUUAAGCAUGUUUUAAAAGUACUUGUUUAGUUACCAAGAAUUGUAAAAUUUAUAGACAACUAAUUAUUGACUGACCAAAUUGCAAUACAAAUUUAUGUAUCAGGUAUUACCAAGAACUUUUGUGGCCAUGUAAUUACAUGUGCAUUUGUAUUGAAAGCCAAAAAAAAAGAACCUUGUAAUUGACAACACUAAGCUAGAUGUGUACAGUAUUAAGAUCACUUUAAAUAGCACUCUUGUUUAUGAUAAAUAUCUGCUUAUGACAGAUUCAUCUCAAAGAAAUACAUGUUCAAAGUAUUGAAGCUGAAUUGGAAAUACACAUGUAAUUAAGAAAAGACUUUAUUAUUUUCUCCAUGAAUAUUUGGUUUAACAAAUUAUACUGUAUGCUAUCGUGAAUUUUUAAAAGAAUUGCUUUUGAGAACAUUUUAAAUUUUUUCACGGUUUUGUGUAAUGAUUUACUGAAGGAAAAAUAUGCCUGUUCCAGAGAGUAAUUUAUCUAGACUUUCCAUUAUUUAAAAAAAAAAUGCCAAAUAUUAACUAAUGUGAAUACUGUUUCCCUGUAUCCAUGAUUUCCAUUUAAUAUUUUAAAAAAUGGCAACCAGAUACUAAGUGUAGUUUAUACUAAAAAGCUUCACUUGACAGCGAUAUUAAAUAUGAUAUUUUCCUAUGUCUUUUCAGAGAAGCAUUCACCGACACAAACGUGAUUUAAUACACCUUUAAUAUAUGUCUUGAGUAAUUUUGUUACUGUAUAUUCUAGAAUUUGUCAAUAUGCAGUCCCACUUCCACAAUAUAGUAGGACAGUUUCAUACAUAUGAUGAUUUUGUUGUAUUAAGCUUGUAUUUACAGAUACCACAAUUUCAGAUCUUUACUUCUAUAUUUUGCCAUUAUAUGGCUGUAUAGAUCAUGUUUAAAUUGCACUGGGUAAAUGUUCAUCUGUCAUUUCAUAUCCAGAGCAGUGGUGUGAUCUUAGGCUUACUGUGAUAAUUUGCUGCUGUUCAAAAUUAGAAGAAUGAUUUGAUUUGCACAUUUUACGGAUAUAAAUUGUUGGGAGGCAAGGUCUUGGAUUUAUUGGAAGAGGAAUGUUUAUUAAUUUUAGGAAUUGUUUCUGUAUUCAUUUAAUUUUGUUUGCUUUAUGACUUAGGAAUACAUUUUGUACAAAAUCAUAAAUGACACACAUUUUGAUUGUCUUUCAUAGAUCUAUUGUAAUUUAAUGCCUUUAAUUUAAUGAAUACUUUCUAAUAUGAUAAAUUACAAAAGAACAUAAUGCAUUAAAAAAUCCUAGAGUAAUAAUUUUUUAAGAACAAAUGCAAUAAUAUUUUGAUUUUGAAAUGGUCAACAUUUAUGUAUGACCACUAGAAAGAUGCCCACUGCCAGUAUACACUUGAAAAAAUUCUUUUCUUUCCAUAUUUUGUUGAAUGUGCAAACAAUUUGUGUAUUAGUACUUUUGGCUGUGCCAAAUGGAGACAAUUAAUUACCAAGAAAGCUGAACACCUUCUUUGUUUGGUUGAUUUUUAUUUUAUUUUUUUUUUUUUAAUUUUUUUUUUUAUCAUUAAUUUAUGUUUGAUGUGUAAUAAAUUGUUAGAACAGAAUUUGGAUGAUGGAAAAUGAAAGAUAGGCCAGUUAUAUUGUGUUCAUGUAAUUUGUGUUAUUUAUAGCACAACUUCUUGUCGAAAAUGUAUAAGGUAGAUUGGCCUUAGAUGCAUUGAUACAAAUAUGAGUAGAAAGAGGGAAGAAAGUUUUUCUCAAGAUGAUUAGAGAAGCUGUAGCUUGUGUUGAUUUUUUUGUUCUUAUUUUUAUUUUUGUCUGCACCCCUCAGCAAUUCAUCACCUGAUAUACCCAGGCAAUCAUAAGUAAUAUAUUUUAUUGUUAUUUUAUUUCCAAGUGUGCACCAGUGAAAGCUGGAGCUUUAUUUUUGUACAAAGCUUCAUCUUAAUUGUUACUGCAUAGUUUGUCAUUUGUACAAAAAAAAAUUCUAUCAGGAUAUUCUUCCUGUUUUGUAAAUAUUUGAAUCAUGGUCUAAUUGUUAUAAAUUUUGUCACAGAUAUUUUCUUGGUCUACAUUUCAUCAUAUAAUUUUUUUCUUCAAAUUUCCAUUUCAUCGACCUGGAUGAAAGCUAUUCUUGGAAAUUUUCUUGUAUCAAUAUGGCUAUAAAUCUCCAACAGUAAUAAUGUUUCAAAUUAGAAAAUUAUGCCGUAUUCAUUUCUUAACAACAAUCCCUUCAAUAGUUUUAUAGUGAUAUGAAUUCUGUAUUAUAAGCAUGGAAUACAUAAAAGUGCACAAGUACAUGUACAUACAGAAUAUAAAAAGAACACUACUGUGAAUAUCUCAUUUUACAUUUUAGCAAUGUUUAAUUCAAAGAAUUCCCUUUAUGAUAGUUAAUGCAACUUCAAUCAAAAAUACUAUGAAUUGCACCUGUCAAUGGAGGAUUUUUUUUGUUGCUAAUGUAAACUGGUUUUAUGCACUGCUGUUUAAAAGCAUUCUUACUUUGUUGGAUGAAAGAGGAGAAAUCUAAUUUAUUGUAUGAGAGUUUUAAUUUUCUGAUCAUUUUAUUUUCUGUAGCAGGUUAUCCUCAUUUUUAAAAAAAUAUCAUUUUAAAAAUUGAUAAUUAAAAGCAAUGAAAUAAAUCAUGUGGAAAUGCA